UAAGGUAAGAAAAUUCACUGAAGAAACAUUUAUAUUGGUUCAAUAACUCUUCAAGAUCAUAGGUUUCUACUCUGUAUCGGCGUAUAAAAAUAUUACAAUUCUCUAAUAGAACACGAAUAUGCGUUGUCAACCAACUGAAUUUCACUACACAUUCAACCCGCCAACGGUCUUUUCUCUUGCAUCGGCUCUACAGCAUUACAUCUACUCAGACCAUCCUUCCCAUGGCCAAAAGAUCCAUUCCCACAUCCUUAAAACUGGGUUCAAACCCAGUAUUAAUAUUUCUAUCAAGCUGCUAAUACUUUAUAUAAAAUCUUCUUGCUUGUCAUACGCCCGCCACGUGUUUGAUGAAUUGCCUCGACAAACUUUGACGGCGUAUAAUUACAUGAUCUCGGGCUAUAUAAAAGAUGGGCUUGUCGAGGAAUCUUUUGAUUUGGUUAGAAAGCUGUGUUCUUCUAAUGAAAGGCCUGAUGGGUAUACCUAUUCCAUGAUCUUGAAGGGGUCAACUAGUGGGAAUGUAGCACGGUCUAUAGGGAGGGAGGUUCAUGCGCAGAUUUUGAGAUUUGAUGUUGAGGUUGAUGAUGUGCUUUACACAGCUUUGGUUGAUUCGUACGUGAAGAGUGAGAGGGUGGCGUGUGCGAGAAGAGUGUUUGAUUUGAUGUUGGAGAAGAAUGUGGUAUGUUCUACGUCAAUGAUCACGGGUUACAUGAAUCAUGGGCGUGUGGAGGAUGCUGAGGAUGUGUUUGAGAAGACGGUGGAGAAAGAUGUGGUGGUUUAUAAUGCUAUGAUUGAAGGUUAUAGCAAGUCAAUUGAAACAGCCAAGAAGGCGAUUGAGUUUUAUAUUGACAUGCAACGGCUAAGAUUUAUGCCCACCAUAUCAACUUAUGCGAGCAUCAUUGGAGCUUGCUCUGUGUUGUCAGCUUUUGAAAUCGGUCAGCAAGUUCAAGCGCAACUCGUGAAAACUGAGUUUUUAACCGACAUAAAAUUGGCAAGUGCUCUGAUCGACAUGUACUCCAAAUGUGGGCGAAUUGACGAUGCAUUACGUGUUUUUGAUCACAUGCCCACGAAGAAUGUAUUUUCCUGGACUUCCAUGAUUGAUGGAUACGGGAAGAAUGGAUGUCCAAAUGAAGCACUUGAAUUAUUUGAUAGAAUGAUAAUGGAGUGUUGCACUGGGCCAAAUUAUGUUACAUUUCUUGGUGCUUUAUCUGCUUGUGCCCAUGCAGGAUUAGUUGCUAAAGGACGGGAGAUCUUUCAGAGCAUGUAUAGAGAUUAUUCGGUAAAACCAAGAAUGGAGCAUUAUGCUUGUAUGGUCGAUCUCUUAGGACGAGCAGGAAGUUUGAAUCAGGCUCUUGAAUUUGUAAUGCAAAUGCCUGAAAAGCCUAAUAGUGAUGUUUGGGCAGCUUUACUUAGUUCUUGUAGACUACACGGCGAUGUGGAGCUAGCUAACAUAGCUGCCAAUGAGCUUUUCAAGGUAAAUGCUAAGAGUCGUCCUGGGGCAUAUGUUGCAUUAUCCAAUACAUUAGCUGAGGCAGGUAGAUGGGAUAAUGUGAGUCAACUCAGGGAGGUGAUGAAGGUAAGGGGAAUACUGAAGGGUACUGCCUUCACUUGGGUUGGGAGUGAUGCUGGUUUAGAAGCUUUCAAUGCCGCUCAGAACUUGUGAGAGAAUGGUAAAAUAUCAGUAACAUCAGAAUUUAUCAGAUUCAAAAUAUCAAGCUCAUUGAUAUUAGACCAGUAAAAUAGAUCAGUAACUCCCUACUAUUCUCGGCCCAGAGAUUGAGGUUAUUGAUGAUUGUCAAAUAAUUGACUUCGAUGCUUCUGAUUGCAAAUGAAGUACUCUGGGGUGAGUUGUUCAAACAUGGAGAUACUUGUUCCAUGAGCUUAAGAUCAUUCUUAAUUAUCUUCAUGAAAAAGACAAGAGGAAGAUGUCUGGUCUAUCAAGGUUUGUGUAACAUGAUAAGAAUCCAGAAAUUUUUCUUUUUUGAAACAAGACGACUUGAUAUUCACAUGGAGACUUUACCAAUGAAGCCAACGUGAACAAGAUGAUAUCUCAAUGAUGGAUAAGCAGCACACACUGGGAUUGGUAUAUAAGCUAUUGAAACUCAUUCAAGUUCUAAGAGAGAACUUCAGAAGCUAAGCAGACGAUAUACUAAGGAACAAAGCAAAGCCUGACAAAGCUAGCAGAGAGGCAGAUUGAAAUUUGUACUAUCAAAUGCCUAUUUUGAAUUGAAUAUCCAAUCAAUUUAUUGAGUUUUUUACAAUGAACAUUACUGAAUUUAUCUCAGAUAUGACAGUUUUUCGUAUUGUUCUCAUAUCAGAAAAGUGUUCCUGCGGGACUCGUACAAAUCCACCAGAAUAUAAUUCAGAAGCAAGAAUUUAAGCUUCUUUUGCUUACUAGGUUGGCAUCAACGGUAAGGCUAUUGUCACAAGUUAACUCUUCGGUGAGGUUUUAACCAGAGUCACUUUGGCAAGCAACUAUUCUUCAUCAAAUGUCAAUGACUUUCUAGUAAUGCUUUUCAGUUAAUCCAAUGAGUUGUACGCAGCAACAGGGCUGUAUCUUUCUUGAUGACACGAUAAUUCUCAUUGUUUGUUCCAUAUAAUAUAAAUAUCAUAUGAAAAUGAAGUAAAUUGUGC